AUGAAUGUUGCUGGCUGGCUUGUCCGGCCCAUCCGCCAUGAUGUCACUGGGUCUGCUGCAACCGGGGAUUCGGAACCGAUCGUCUCCCGCGCCAAGCUCAACUCAUCGUCCUCCCUCAUCCGACUGGCGAACAAGAACCUUCAACCUGCCGAUGUUCGUUCCCGUGGCCUCCACGGCAAUCCAGCCUGCCUAGUCGGGCCCAACUUGGCCAGACGACAGGUCAAAUCGAGGUCUUCACCUCACGGAUGGAUGGCCGCGGCUCAGUCUGGGGCAGUCUUGCUGCCAGCACGACAUGCAGUCCUACCUGGAUACUCUACUCUGUACAUGCAACAGCACGGAAACAUGUUUCCAGCAGCGCCAAUUAAAGUUACGGGUCCGCGGCUCUCUGCAUAUUUCUACCAAUUGACAAGUGUUUCGGUUCACUGUGUGCCCGAUGACUGCCUGGCUCAGACUGUGAUCAAGCAUAAAAAGCAGUCUGCAUGCGCACAGAGGUGUAACGAUACUGGACAGAUGAUGCGGCUACCCCUCCUGACCGACAGGAGUUGGAUGAACGUUCAAUCAAAGCCCGUCGCCCACCGCCAGGCAGUCGGGAUGCCGCCUAACCAGAUGAAGCUGAGUGCGACAUGGCCAUUGUGUGAUAUCGCAUUCCAUAGGCCGAUUCACCAAGUGCACUACGCUCUUUCCAGCUGA